GAAUGCGAUGAAAGCAAAUUAUUGAAAGUUCAGCAGAGUCUGCUUGACCCAAUAGUCCACUUGCAGGCUCUACACCUAUUUAAUACAUACUUUCAGACUCCAGCCCUCUAUCAAUGGACAUAUAAGAAGAAGAAGAAAAAAAAAAAGUUAAGUCAUGGCGCAACACUUGUUUCUGUGUCUUAUCAUCAUCUUAUCAUGGGUUGCUGUAAUUGCAUUACCAUUCCAACCCUCACAAAAUUGUCCACAAAACUGCGGCGAAGUGACCAUACCUUUCCCGUUCGGCAUCGGGGAAGGAUGUUAUAUGGAUGCUGAGUAUAGCAUAACAUGCAACACCUCAUACAACCCCCCAAAGCCCUUCCUUGGAGGUGUUGAAGAUGGACAUCUUGAGGUUCUUAGUCUACCAUUGGAUGCCGAAAUCAUGAUCGAAGGCCGUCAAUCUUACGCUUCUUAUUGCUCGACUUCGAGCGGAUCCAACAAUACUUCUUUCAGUUUCAAUGUAAGUCCAUUCAGGUUCUCUGCCAAUCGCAGUAGAUUUACUGCUAUAGGAUGCAAUACUUUGGCCACCAUAAGUGAGCUUCAGGAGUUGGCUUUUGUCAGUGGGUGCCUGUCAUUCUGUACUAAUGGGACGAGUGUGGAAGAUGGAUCUUGCGAUGGUAUGGGCUGUUGCCAGAACAAUAUCCCCAAAGGGCUUCAGAGGUUCAAUGCGGGUCUCUCAAAUGCUGUUAGCCUUAAUGGGUCUUGGGGUAACAGUAGCUGUAGCUUUGCAUUCUUGGCUGCUGUGGACUCCUUCAGCUUUAAAAUGUCAGAUGUCUACCGAAACAGCCUAGAUAGGACGAGUAUUCCAGUGGCUGUGGAUUGGGCUAUUGGGAAUUUAACGUGUGAUGAAGCUGCCUCUGUAGAUCCAACUAAGUAUUAUAGUUGUGGACCUCAUACCAAAUGCUCUAACUCCACUAAUGGCCCUGGUUAUCGAUGCUACUGCAAGGAUGGCUUUGAGGGGAACCCUUAUCUCUCCACAGGAUGCCAAGACAUAGAUGAAUGCAAGGAAGGAUACAACAAUUCCUGUGUCAUGGAAGCAAUGUGUCAUAACACCUUUGGGAGUUAUGAGUGCAUAUGUCCAAAGAACCACCACGGUGAUGGUCUUGAAAAUAGAGAAGGUUGUAUGCACAAUACUGGAGCUGUUCCAUUGGUGGCCAUUAUUGCAGGUACUGGGCUAGGCAUUAUAUUCCUAUUUGCUUGCAUCUUUUUGGUAUACUGGGCAAUAAAGAGAAGGAGGCUUAUCAGACUCAGAGAAAAAUUCUUUGAGCAAAAUGGAGGUUUGCUACUACGACAACACAUAGCCACACAUAAAGGUGUUGCAGAUAUUGCAAAGAUCUUUUCCGUAGAUGACAUUAAGAAGGCAACCAACAAUUUUGAUGAGAGCCAAAUUCUUGGUCAAGGAGGGUAUGGUACAGUGUACAAAGGAAUUCUCUCAGAUCAGAGAGUAGUAGCUAUUAAGAAAUCAAAAAUAGUGGAUCAGAGCCAGAUCAUACAGUUUAUAAAUGAAGUUGAUAUUCUUUCUCAAAUCAACCACAGAAAUGUGGUAAAGCUCUUGGGUUGUUGUUUAGAGACAGAGGUUCCAUUGUUGGUUUAUGAGUUCAUCUCUAGUGGAACCCUCUAUGAACAUAUCCAUGAAGAGAAUCAUGCAACUUCUAUUUCUUGGAAGGAUCGUUUAAGGGUUGGUGCUGAAACUGCUGGAGCACUUGCCUAUUUACACUCAGCUCAUUCAAUACCAGUUCUUCAUAGAGAUGUGAAGUCCACUAAUAUACUACUUGAUGAUAACUACACUGCUAAAGUAUCUGAUUUUGGAGCUUCUAGGUUGGCUCCUAUGGAUCGAAUUCAGAUGACCACAUUAGUUCAAGGGACAUAUGGGUAUCUAGACCCAGAAGGAUUUUUCACCGGUCAACUAACUGAUAAAAGUGAUGUUUAUAGCUUUGGUGUAGUUCUUGCAGAACUUUUAACGGGAGAAAAUCCAAUUUCAUCAGAGAGAGCUGAGGAACAUAGAAGUCUAGCAAUGUAUUUUAUUUCUUCAAUGGCAAAUAACAACCUAUUCGGGAUUCUAGAUGACAAGGUUGUUAAAGAGGGAAAUAGAGAGCAGCUCUUGGGAGUUGCUAAUCUUGUGAUGAAAUGCUUGAACGCUAAGGGGGAGGAGAGGCCCACAAUGAAGGAGGUUGCAGCAGAGCUUGAAGCUUUGAGAAUGUCUCCACAGCACCAAUGGAAGCAAGUAAACCACAUGGAGACUGAUUACCUUCUAGGUGAGCGUUCAGCCCUUCUUGUUGGUGAUUCAGGUGGCCAAGAUACAGGUGGCCAAGAAAGUGUGGAAAGCAACUUCAUGUUGGGUCUACAAAUCGCUCGACACUUGACAGUGCCAUCGCUUCUACCCGUCUCGUAUCCAUCAUCGCCGUUGACUCCAGUUGCUGGAGUUGGCUCUCUCAAGGUUGUUAAUCGGAAGAUGCAUGGCUAUGGACUUGCAGCUGAUAUAUGGAGCCUUGGUUGCACUGUCUUAGAGAUGUUAACACGUCUGGCUCCUUACCAUCCUUUAGAGCCGAUGCAAGCAGUAUUUAGGAUUGGCCAAGGAAUACCACCACCAAUUCCUGAUUCUCUAUCAAAAGAUGCUCGGGAUUUCAUCGACCAAUGCUUACAGGUUAACCCAGAAAAGCGGCCCACUGCUGCUCAGCUCUUGAACCAUUCAUUUGUGCAGCGGCUACUACCAGCUUCAUCACUCCCAGGAUCCGCAGCUUCAUCACUCCCAGGAUCUCCUUCGCCUCAUAACAGCAGACAGUCUUGAGUUUUGUCUUCCAUCAAUUUUGGUGCUGAAAUAUUUGAGUCCAACUGGGUGAUAUCCUGCUGAAACCCCUAAGCCCUCCAUGCUGCACACCAAGGGUCAAUCUAGCCGUGAAUCUAGAGCACCAGAAGGGCAUGCAUAAGGCUGAUGCUUGUAUACUCUAUUUUUCCAAGUUGAGAGAUUCUCUACAUUGGAGAGCAACUUGUAUUUUCGUCAUCCCUUUUUCCCCUUGUGGGGUAAUUGAUUUCUUUAAAUGAUUGUUUAGUGUGCAAUCGUUUUCUUUUCAGUAGAUAAGUGGGAAUAGGGGAAGUUUUUGUGUUUUUUUUUUUUUUUUUUCUGUUUGUAAAAUUAAAUUUUAGUUUGUAUAUAAGUUCCAAGUGUAUCAAAAAUGUAAUUAUUUUUUCGUCAUGUAUCGGAUGAGGCAGAGUUGUAUCUUCAGAAAGUCUCAUGCACUGAGGGUUUUUGUUGGUUUAGUGUGCCUAUUUAGUGUUUCGUUUGUUGUGUUUUCUA